AUGGGUGCCUCUGCCACGGCCACACGGGCGUGCGAGCGGCCGGCUGCCCGUGCUGGUGCAGUCACGCUGCCGCAGUGGGUUCCGCCGGACCGCAUCAUCACCACCAACCUGUGGUCCGCCGAGCUAUCCAAGCUUGCCGCCAACGCCUUCCUGGCGCAGCGCAUCUCCUCCGUCAAUGCCAUCUCCGCGCUCUGCGAGGCCACGGGCACCGACGUCACCGAGGUGGCGCACUCCGUGGGGAGGGACGCCCGCAUCGGCCCGCGCUUCCUCUCCGCCAGCGUCGGCUUCGGCGGCUCCUGCUUCCAUAAGGACAUCCUUGACCUCGUCUACAUCUGCGAGUGCUACGGCCUCCCCGAGGUGGCCGCCUACUGGCGGGAGGUCAUCCGGAUCAACGACCACCAGAAGAGCCGCUUUGUCAACCGCGUCAUCUCCUCCAUGUUCAACACCGUCGCUGGCAAGAAGAUAGUCGUGCUCAGGUUCGCCUUCAAGAAGGACACGGGGGACACCCGCGAGACGCCCGCCAUCGACGUCUGCAACGGCCUGCUUGGGGACAAGGCCGUCAUCAGCAUCUACGACCCGCAGCCGCUCAGCGCCACUGACUUGGCCAAGCAAGUCGCCAUUGCGCCGGACGCCUACGAGGCGGCGAGCGACGCGCACGCCGUCUGCAUCCUCACCGAGUGGGACGAGUUCAGGACGCUCGACUAUAAGCGCAUGUUCGACUCCAUGCACAAGCCGGCAUUCAUCUUCAACGGCCGCAACAUCGUCGACCCAGCCAAGCUCCGAGAGAUCGGGUUCAUCGUCUACGCCAUCGGCAAGCCGCUCGACGAUUGGCUCAAGGACAUGCCAGCCGUCGCAUGA